GUCCAGACUCGUACUGGGGCGCGAGUUGUGAGUUUCUGAAGGAACGACAAGCGAUUAAAUUCAGCACCAGUGCCUUGGCAGCCGUUUUAGCCUGCCUAUUACUGAUCAUUAGUAAGUGGAAUCGUGUCUCGAUGUGCUUUAAACAUUAUUUUGCAGAUCGUUUUUAAAGACUAGUUGUGUUUUGUUUCUUCCUUUCCACACGCAACAGUUUUGCUGUUUGUUUAUUUUUCCUGCUCCCGGCGUCGUUCGGCUAACUUCAACAAGAAGCCGGCCACCAAGGACGACAUCCACGAAAACAUCAUCAACUACUGCGACGAAGGUGGUGGCGAGAACGACAUGACAGCGGUUGACAUGAAGACACUCAAGAUCCCGAUUGGUCCGCUGCCAGAGCUCGUUCAACAUAAGGCACCGCCAGUACGUCCAGAUAUUGCCGUCGUUUCCGACCAGGUCGUCGGCAAGGUGGACGUGUUCCUGGACGACCGGAAGCGACGCGUCGACAUCGACUCAGCCUCCGGGCCAUUCGACGAUCUGCGUAACUACGCCUACGAAGGUUGUGCGAGUACCUCGGGUUCGCUAAAUCCGUUGCAGUCAGGUCCCCGUUUCGAUAAAUUAUUCAAUAUUUACGAACCAAGCAAACUGCAGAUCAAAGAUGAAGAUGUUAGUUAAGAGUAGCUGUAUCUGUCGCAGGGGCUGUACGUCUCUUGUUCCUGAGAUCAACGUUUGUGCGCAUUCGUUUAGUUUAUCAUGACAUACCGUCAGACGAAGCUGAACGAUGCGCACGGACUUGUAGAUAAAUCAUUGGUUUAAAAACCUUCAACCCCCCGGGAGAUAAAAAAAAAACAAAUCCGUCGUAUAAGACAUACAAUUUAGGGGUUUUAUCGCCGGUGUGUGAGCUAACCGGUAGAUAUUCUUUGUAAAAUAGUCACUAAAAUCCAUAAACUCAUACAAAUCCCCGUUUACGAUGCGGACACAGUCGUUCUUGCCGAAGCGGUAUUUUAACAUUGUUUUCCAGCAGUGUAUCAGUUCGCAAGAAGCGAAGAUGUUACGAAAAUAGAAGUGUGUUGGGGUAGAUGCAAUUUAAAUCGAUUUUAUUAACUUCCACUAGAUGGUACCGUGAAGCUACAAACAGCCAAACGGUGCAACACACAGAGUUAAAUUGCUCAGAAAUUGAGAGCAUGAUACGCUCGCUAUAAUUGCAAAAGGAAAAGCGCAUCACUGUAACUAUUUCAGUUAUGAUAGGUCGGUAUACUGUAAAUAAAGAAUAUAAAAUCAAAUCUACAACCUACACGUUGCGUACCGACACGUAACAGUUUAGUGCGAUGGGAGCCACUGUAAAAAACACUGGACAGAAAGGAAACACUAGCAAAAAUGCAAUGUCCCAGGGCAGAAAAUGACACAAGAACGGGGUUAAUAGCUUAUGGGGUCAAAAGACUAAACGAAUUCUCAUUUUUAUGAAAAUUACUAUUUAUUUCCACGUGUUCCUUCGAAAUCACAAAACAAAAUCUCAAGAAAAUCAAAGCAGAUACAAUUUAUCAAACGAACCAACACGCCCACAACAACCUCACCUGCAAGUGGAUUGUAAGUGGGCAAAAUUUACGAACAAACCUCGAAACUCAAUCAAACAUUCCAGCAAAAAAAAAACAAAAGCUGGAGACCGGUAAAGGUUACAAAGCAAACACGUGCUUACCACGAUCUCAAACUACUAGACAAUCUGCUUGUUUGACCGGAAUGAAAACUUUUGCAAAUGCACGAAUGAAAGCAAAGACAUCUACAAAACCAACCGCACAAGCUUAUAACAAGAAAGUUAACGUAGUUUGGUCAAACUUCGAUAGGACACGGGUCGAUUUUGGUUCUUUAUAUUUUCAGACCUUGCUUUAAGAAUGAAGAAAGUCACAUAAUGCUUAAUUAUAAAUUGCCACAAAAUGGUCGAUUUGAGCGUUCACUAAUAUCGGCGCUGGUUGGUGUGGUUGUCAAAUCAAGUCUCUUAAAACAUCCUCCUUUUGAGAAACCUUAUUGAGAAACCUUACAAUUAUGUAAUCCAUUGUGUUUUGCACAACAUCUUAAUUACACCCAUCUUUUCUCAUUAGGAUCAAUGGAAAUAGCUCCAUUUUACUGUAAAUAUAAUAGAAAUAUGAAUAUUUCUAUCACUUUAAACGAUGAUGCAGUAAAUCAAAUGCACGAUAAUGAUGAUAGUGAUGAUCAAGGGUGAGAGGAGGCGCAGGGAAUUUUAAAAGUUGAUCAAAAGAACAAAUUUGAGAAUUGUUCGAACGUUAGUAAAGUGCAGUUUGUUGCAUUUUCCGUUCCCUCAGCAAUCCUAAGAGCCUCGAAGGCGAAAAUGUAUCUUGAUUUUGCAGUGAAGUUUCGUUGAAUAAAAAUUACACUGAAAAGAUGGUUGAUAAUGUUUGGUACGCCAAAAAAAGGACUUCCUUUCGAUAUCGAUUUAUUCCAUCUAUGCUCUGUUUGAGCAUGCAUUUACAUAUUUUAUAAGAUUAUUGGACACACAAGGAACCAGCGCAGUACGCUUCAAGGAUUAGUUUUCUUCUUCUUUUAUUUGGCGUAACGUCCUACGCGGCCUAUACAGGCUUUCGAGACUUAAUUCAUCAAAGAUAAGUCAUGUUUACUUUAUUGAUUUGCAAAACAUUAGCAUUGCAUUUACAUUGCCACCUGAUGGUUAGAAGGAGUAGUAGAUUUAUACAGCUUCUGUCAUAGUGCUUUUAGGGUGUGGCAAUUUUGACUAUCGAAAGAUUAACGAAUUAUUGAUUUUCAAGUUGUUAUGUAGUGUUCAUAAAAAAGGGAAUCGUUUCAAAUAAUAUGUACAAUACUUGAUCGAAGCGCAAAUACAGUUAAUUCAUCUAAAUAUGAAUGUUUAUGUAUGUAUGUAAGCGAGAUGAAGAGAAUUCUAACAUAAAAUUCACAUGAAACACAGAGAAAAUAAAAGUUUCAGAAAACAACCAUACCAAAACAAGGCAAAACCAACUAAACAAAGCAUUUUAAAGACUUUGAGAUUUUUUAUUGGAAGGAAAAAGACGCACUCUCAACUAAAAAUUGGUUUGUGAGCCAUGUUUUGAUUAUAGGUUAUUAUAUAUUGUGGUAAAAAAGGGACAGACAAAAGGAAUAACAAACAAAAACAUUUGAGAAGA